GCGUGGGGGGGGGGACCAGUAUAAAGCAGCAGGCGCCUGUGCCUGCUCCACCACAUGCGCACCACCUGCCUGAGUCCGUUCUGCCCCCUCCCCACCACUUGGCCACCACCAUGACACCGGACAUCCAGGCCCCUUUCUUCUUCCUGCUGCUGCUAUUCCAAGUGCUUACAGUCUCUGAUACAAGCGAAAGCACAAGUACACAGGCUUUGAGUAACCAAAGCCCUGCCUCAACCUCUGCUGCCCCUCCGGCCCACGGCAGCACCUCACCCCGGGCCACCAGUGGCGACUCACCUCCGACCACCAGCCCUGCCUCCACCUCACCCCGGGCCACCAGUGGCGACUCACCUCCGACCACCAGCUCUGCCUCAAGUUCAGUUGUCAUUACAGCACAUGAAGGCACCUCUUCCAAGGUUACCAUGACCCAAGCCAGCAACGGCACUCCAUCCUCAGUUCCCAGCUCUUACACUCCCACCAUUUCUGCCAGCAGCACUAACCAGAACACAGUACCUCCCUAUGCUCCCACCUCCUCCAGUAAUAAGACUUCUCAGCCGUUGCAUAUUAGGGUCUCCCUGUUCUUCCUGUAUUUUCGCAUUACGAACCUCCAGUUUAACUCUUCCCUGGAAAAUCCCAGCACCAGCUACUACCAGAAGCUGCAGAGAAUCAUUUCUGUAUUGUUUGUGCAGACUUAUAAAGAAGAGGAUUUUCUGGGCCUCUCAGAUAUCGAGUUCAGGCCAGGAUCUGUGGUGGUAAAAUUAACCUUGGUCUUCCGAGAGGGGACCACUGCCCACAACGUGGAGAGACAGUUUGGUCAGCUUGAAGCAGCAGCAGUCAAAUGUAACCUGACCAUCAGUGGAGUUAGUGUGUGUGAUGCAUCAUUUCCUUCCUCUACCCAGUCUGGGUCUGGGGUGCCUGGCUGGGGCAUUGCCCUUCUGGUACUGGUCUGUGUUCUGGUUGCCCUGGCCAUCAUUUAUCUCAUUGCCCUGGUUGUGUGUCAGUGCAGACAAAAGUAUGGUGCGCAGCUGGACCUCUUUCCAAUCCGAGAUGCCUACCAUCCUAUGAGCGAGUACCCCACCUACCACACCCAUGGGCGCUAUGUGCCCCCUGGCAGUACCAAACGGAGCCCCUUUGAGGAGGUUUCUGCAGGCAACGGUGACAGCACUCUCUCUUACGCGAACCUGGCAGCCACUUCCGCCAACUUGUAGGGGCACGUUGCCUGCUGAGCAUCCAGCCAGCGCCAACUGCCUCCCUGGGUUUCUUCACUGCUGCAGCCCCCGCCUUGCCCCCAACUCUGUUCUGGGCUGGUGAGCUGGGCGUUCAGGUGGGCUGCCCACAGUCUCCCUCACCUAUCUUAGCCCUGGCGAAGCCCACCCGAGCCCCUGGGGACAAGCCUGAGGCAGUGGCUCCCAGGAGGACUGGCCCGGACAGCUCAGAGAUGGGAGUGGGAACCUGAACAUGGCUGAAUAAAACUCGGGCCUUCUCUGCGCUGACCGCCAACUUUUUUUUUUUUUUUGCGGUACGCGGGCCUCUCACU